AUACCGGAAAAGUAAACAACGGCGCUGUAGGCUGGACUCGGGUGGCUUGACAUUUGGUCGGUCGGUUUACCUCAUUGCUUUCUUUAUUCCCCCCUCUUCUCCCUUUCUUUCAAUAAGCUUUAGCCAUAUGUGUGUAUUUAUUUAUUUAUUGAUGCUUAUUUAAAAGUGUAUAGAUUUUCCUUUUAGCUGUUCAUCCAAUGAGAAGACGUAAAAGAUGGAGCUACAUAUACUAGAACACAGCUUGAAAGUGGCGAGUAUAGAGAAGGAGGGUAUCCAGAUAUGCACUCAUGGAUUAAUAAAACUCGCCUUCUUGGCUUCUAAAACUAGGUGUAAAUUCUUCAGUUUGACCGAGACCCCUGAGGACUACACCAUCAUCGUGGACGAGGAAGGUUUCAAAGAGCUGCCCGAGUCGGAGCACAUCAGCGUGGCCGAGGCCACGUGGUUGGCCCUCAACGUGGUGUCGGGGGGCGGGAACGCGGCCAACUCUCAGCCAAUAGGCGUCACCAAAAUCGCCAAGUCGGUGAUCGCGCCGCUGGCCGACCACAACAUCUCCGUGUUCAUGCUGUCGACGUAUCAGACGGACUUCAUCCUGGUUCGAGAACGAGACCUGCCCAUGGUCAUGCACACGCUGUCCUCCGAGUUCACCCUGCUGCGGGUGGUCAACGGGGAGACGGUGGCCGCCAACAGCCUGGGCGUUACCAACGGCUUCGUCAAGCCCAAGCUCGUGCCCCGCCCGGUCAUCCACCCUCUCUCCAGCCCCAGCAACAUGUUCUGUGUGACCAGCCUGGACCCUGACACCCUGCCCUCUGUGGCCACCCUCCUCAUGGACGUCAUGUUCUACUCCGGAGGGCCGAAGGAGGCGGGAGGAGGUGCUGGCGAGGACUCCAGCUACAUCCGCUUCUUCUCCUUCUCCCUCAUCGAGGGCUACAUCUCUCUGGUCAUGGACGAGCAGACGGCCCAGAGAUUCCCCAACAACGUCCUCUUCACCAGUGCGUCCGGGGAGCUUUGGAAAAUGGUCCGCAUCGGCGGUCAGCCUUUGGGAUUUGAUGAGUGCGGUAUCGUGGCCCAGAUCUCAGAACCACUGGCCACCGCUGACAUUCCAGCCUAUUACAUCAGCACCUUCAAGUUUGACCACGCCCUGGUGCCUGAGGAGAACAUCCAGAGUGUGAUUGGAGCUCUCAGGACCAAUGGUAGUGCGGGACAGUGAUGGUGGAAGACGAGGUCGACUCAAGUGUUAUUGCAGACCCCCCCACCCCCCCCCCCCAUCUCCACUCCCCCUCUCCUGCAGAGUCUUCACUCCCGCCUUGAAGCUUUUAUCAUUGUCCAAAAGAAAAACAAAAUCAAGUGCCAAGGGCUUUAUCGGCGAUUGGAACGUAUGGUAUGUUGUUGGGGGUGGGGGGGGGGGGGGGUGCAGGUGAAUGGAUAAGAGGUAAGAGGGUGUUUGGAUGUGGACAAGGAUGCCAGUGUUCUAAGGAUACUUUUAGCCUGAUUCUUUUCAUCUUAUGACUCUAGCCUUCAACCCCCCACCCCCUUCUACCCUCCUUUGAUCCAGCACUUGAGAUCCUUUCUCUCUCUCCCCCUCCCUCCAUCUCCCUGAUAGCUGCUGCUUUAGUGUUCAAGACAGGAUCAUAUCUCAAUGUUUUCUUUCUGUAGUUCCCUUUUUAUUAUUUUUUGCUCCCCUCCUUCCCCGUCGGAAGGAGAGAAUGUACUGUAUACAACCGUUUGAAGAGGAGAAUACCCUUUAUCCAGAAUCUGGCAUGAGCGUUACCCCUCCGCCCCCACCCCCCCUCCCCCAGCUCCCCCUAGACAGACGGGACUUUGUCAGUGCCAAGAUGUUGGAAUGCCUCAACUGAUGCCUUGUCAAAAACAAAAUGAUAACGGAGAAAAUAGAAUAAAACGUGGCCGCGCUAGUGGAAGGGAGGAGGCCCCUGACCGAUGGAGUCAGAAGCGGCGCUAACACGCAGUCGGCAACGGACACAGGAAAGUCUGGCUUUUCCCUUAAAGCACCCGAGCAUCCUGCUAUUCUUUUAUACAUCCAUUUUGUUAGUCAUUUAAUUUAAUCGCAACACAAAAGACAACCAUCGUAUUAAUCAAAAUUCUGUAGGACCUUGUAAAUGAAAAAGAAAAUGAAAAAAAAUUACAGGUGAAAUGAUACUCCCAAGGUCUCCGUGUAGAUAACGGUUGUAUUUGAAAAAAAAAAGUAUAUACUUUUUUUUCUUUUUUUUUAUACACAAUCUGAGAAGACAUGACGACAAUGUAUCCGUUUUGUACCGAGUAAUAAUUAACUGAGCCACUUUUGAUUAAUUACUAUAAUAACCACGGUGACAUAGACAUAAGCUAAUAGGUUCAUGCGGGGAACUCUUUCACUUUAAAAGCCCCCCUCCCCAGCUCGUACCAGCUCGCACUUUAAGCGGGUCGUGCUCACUGCAGACCCGCAGUACUGACGUGAAAUGUGGGGAGGGCCGUUUAGCUCCGAAGGACCCGAUAGAGCAGCACAUUGACAUGUAUUGGUCUUAAGCAUUUAGGUGACUGUGCUUUUUCUUUUUUCUUUGUUUUUGCUCUUUGUUCCUUGCUUUACCACAAGUUGCACCUAACAAAAAGAAAAGUACUUCUGUUUGAGAUUUUAUUUGCAGAAAACCCAAGUAUUUAUCAGUGUUAAAAAACAUGUUGAAGGUGACCGCUCUUAAAAAAAAAAAAGGAAGAAAGCUACUGUGUGUGUGUGUGUGUGUGUGUGAGAGAAGGAGAACGCAUACUGUGCUCCUCUUUUCUGUCUCGAUUGACGGAUCCAGAAGAUUGUCUUUGUGCAGUUAUUUGCUCCUCUGUGUUAAAAUUGUACUCAAUAAACUGGCAACCAUAACAUUUUA